GAUAUGAUGCGUACGCUCACGUUUAGUUUAUCAGUAAUAAAACAUUUAGUGCACAUAUUAGUGUACUGACUGACUAUGAAUCUCGUUGUACGGUCAUUCGGUCAUUGACCGCCAACAAAUGAAAAUCAAACAAUCAAUAGUAUUUAAAUAAUAAUUAAUUAUAUACAUAAAUAUAUAAUUAUAUUAAUAUAUUUUUUAAAUAUUCUAUAAAUUUUACUCACAUUGUCAUUAUCAAUCAUUUCUAUAUUAGCAUGUCUCUUUGUGGAUUUUAAUAAAACAAAUGCGCGCGAAUAAGUACGUGCUGUGAUCAGUCUUUUAUUUGAUCUUGUUAGAAAAUUGAGCCAACAGCAAUUUUACAUGUUGCAGUUGAAUAAAAAUCAUAAAUAAAUUAAAUAAAACAGACGACGGAAAAUAGUCAUCGCCAAGAGUAACAGGUGACGACACGGUGGAUAAAUUGAAGCGAAGGAGAAUUAAUAUUGAAUAAUAUUAAAAAGAAGCAAGUGAAUGACAAUUAAAUGAGAAUAGAAGAAGAAUAAACAAAAAUAAAAGUGGAUAUCUCGUGAUGCGGUGAUGGCUCUCUUAUAUAGAUUCGCGCAGCUACCAGAUCGCGGUGGCACGCGGGUCUUUUCCUUUGUCGUCACCAGAAGUGUGGUGCGUGAUCCUGAAAGAGAUGUAACCAGCAAAGAGCUUGUUUGCGGUUUUCAAAAAUGGGCUGUGGCCUUUUCACGAGGUGACAAGGUUCUUGGAGUGUACCUAGUAUGGAGAGGAGCAGCACCAGGGCUUCGUGUGUAUGUUGACUUCACAUUCACACUAUUGAACCGUGAACAUUUUUCGGUGAACGAGGGUUUUUCUGGAAAGAGAGUCAAGUUUACGUAUGACGCACCAGCGCAAGGUAAUAGAAACUACAUUCCCGUGUCAGACUUGUAUAGUAGGAAUUUCGCUGACCCAAACGGCGAAUUUCAAUUGGAAUUGUCAAUGGCAAAUGUGAGGACAAUAUUCACAGCAGAGGUGCGAAUGCCAACAGGAGUAUUUACAGCAGGACAACCAAAGUCGAAUAAAUUGGAAACAGGAUACUUUACAUUUGGUGGAUUUGACUGGAAUUUAGUUAUUUAUCCACAGGGUAACAAAGAAAGCGACACACGUCCAGAUACUAGACUUAGUGUUUAUUUAGUUAGAUUGACGGGUUUUGAUCACCGUUGUCGAGUUCGUUACAAUGUAACACUUGGUGAAGGUGAGAGAAAAAUAGAAUCUGGACAAAUUCAAGAUCUAUCUGAUGCUGAAGGUCGUGGUUAUGGAUGGCAUCCUCGGGUUCGUUGGUCAGAUAUUGCAUAUAAAGGCACACUCCGUGUUUCACUGGAAAUGAUUGAAGCAAGAACGAUAUCAGAAAUAGCUGUUCAAGCACUAGGACCAUCUAUUCAACUUCCCGCGGCACCGUGUUAUGAUCGAGAUAAACAAGCUUGGACAAUACGUGCUGAUCUACACUCAGAUACAGUAAGACUGCAUCUUGUUUACAAAGAUAUACACAACGUACCCCGCAAUCAUCUCCGUUACAUCAGUUGGUCAGCUUACUUGAUACGAGGCGAUGAGUCUAAUCCAGAAACAAUUUUGCUACCCGGUGCACCAUUUAGUCGUUAUUAUGCUCAAGAAGCUGCAGAUGAGGGUAUUAUUAUGGAAACAAGUCUGGGCGUGAAUGAAGUUAAUGACGAUGAUUGCCCUUUUCUAACAGACAAAGGUCAAUUGAGAGUACGCAUUGAGUGGAAUGAAAGCCAUCUAUUAUUUCAAGCAACUUAUCACAAAUACGAUGAUGUUUGUCGGGUACACAAUCAACAAAUGCGACGUGAGAUAGCUGCGUUACAAGCUGAAAACUAUAGCUUAGAGAGACAAUUGUUUAGCUAUCAGAAGAGUUUGGCAUAUGCUCAAGCACAACAACAACAACAGCAGCAGCAACAAGCACAAGGUGGAUCAUUGGCAUCUAGUGGUCAACAUUCAACCCACAACAGUGGGCCCCUAGAGAGAUCUGCUUCCACAGACACUGAAUACGCCUGACAAGUAUUGUUAGAACAA